AUGGCGGCACAACCAACGGGACAAAAACCCAAACCCAAGUCACAAGAACAAAUAAUUGCCGGUUUCCAAGAACUUCCACAGCAGAGAGCCGUUGCGUCUAAAAUAAAUGAAUUAGAGAUGGAUAUGAAAGAGCACGACUUAGUUCUAGAAACUUUGAAAGAAGUUGAUGAAGAGAGGAAGUGUUUCCGUAUGGUGGGAGGAGUUCUUGUUGAAAGAACAGUCAAGGAUGUGCUACCAGCAUUAAAAACCAACAAAGAACAGAUGGGCUUGCUGAUUGAGUCUUUGGUAAAGCAGUUGGAGACAAAGGGCCAGGAGAUAAACCGAUACAGAGAAGAACAUAACCUAAAGAUACGGGGUGAAGAGAACAAGACGGAGAACAAAGAGGAACACGAUUCUGGCAAACCCAGCUCAGCAGGUGUGCUUGUGGCAAAGGACAGCUGAGGGGUUGGGAUCUAUGGAGUAUUCUAUCACAGUGCUAUUGUGCAUGCUGCAAUCCUCCCAACUGACAUGUACUCUUUGGAAAAUACCACGCUUCCUGGUCCGGGAUAGAAGGACAUUGUCUGUGCGGUAGCUGAGGCACACUGGACAUGAAGAGACCAUACUGUACAUGGAAAUGGUUCACACGUUGUGCGACUAGCGACUGAUUCCUUUCAUAUUCCGCGUCUUGUUACAUGAAGUAGGAUCAUCAUGAUUUAAUACACUUACAUAAAUAUGCAGCUUCAGUUUGUCAUUGGUAUGAAAUAAUUCUUGUGUUGUACCUAAAGAGCUCCUUCUUUAUAGAAAUUAGUUACCUGCCAUGGUGGUUGGGAUAUUGAGAGAUCCACUAUGCCAAACUAAUUCUACCAGAAAGAAACGAUUGUAUUGGUUCAUGUGAAAUUAGGUAUGUACAGCGGAAUAUACAUGUAAGAACAGCUA